AUGCUUGCUUGGUGGGGCCGCUCAGAAAGGAUACCACAGCUAACGAGGACACGGACGGACGUCGGGGAUUCUGCGACGACAACCGGUACCAAAGUCGCCCACCACGGCAAGCACUCCUCUGGUCUGGUCUGCACUCGCAAUGCCACCGUGAAGAUGCUGUCGUUUAUUUUGAUUCAGAACCGCCAGGGCAAGACUCGACUUGCGAAAUGGUACGCUCCGUACAGCGAUGAGGAGAAGAUAAAGCUCAAGGGCGAGGUCCACCGCCUCGUGGCGCCGCGCGACCAAAAGUACCAAUCCAACUUUGUCGAGUUCCGCAACAACAAGCUCGUGUACCGGCGGUACGCGGGGCUCUUCUUUUGCGCGUGCGUCGACACAAACGACAACGAGCUCGCCUUCCUCGAGGCAAUCCACUUCUUCGUUGAGGUGCUCGACGCCUUCUUUGGCAACGUGUGCGAGCUCGACUUGGUUUUCAACUUUUACAAGGUCUACGCAAUCCUGGACGAGGUGUUUUUGGCCGGCGAGAUUGAGGAGACGAGCAAGACCGUCGUCCUCACGAGGUUGGAGCAUUUGGAUAAGUUGGAGUGAUGAAGGGAGAAGGGAUUUGGCAAGCGGGGAUAAUGUUCGGGUUGGAUAAUCGUGUUUCAUGGUUGAUUGAUCACGGCGGGUUCGGAAUGCAGCACUUCUUUUUCGGCAUCACGUCGAGGGGACGUGUGAUACAUCCUUGCAGUUCGACAACACAUCAACCAGUCGUGUUGCGGAGAGAGCCCCGGACGAGGAGGGCCUCUGCAGCGUCUUCAUCAGUGAGGCAAUGGAACGGCAGAUGACCGUGCCCUUCUGGGCUAUGAUUGACGAUACUAGAACGUGGCCAGGACUAUGGGCGCUGUGCGUACCAGGAGAUUAAUGUAUCUACUGGCAUAUUAGCGCCAUCAAGUUCCCUCUGGCUAGAGAUGGGGCCAGUUGGGGAUGUAGUCAAUGAAUCCCUACUAUCGAGGGCCCAAAAUUGACCCGCUUUAGUCGGUAUGCGCACUUGGUUUUUUUCUUGCUAAAAAACUUAUAUCACCAGCAUGACUCUGUAUUAUUGUAUUGGUAUUACAUGCCGGGAAUAGAUAGAGAAUCGGCCGAGUAAGAUAGGCAGGCAGGCUUAUAUUGGAACGGAC